AGCAUCAUAUCUCAUCAAUAUCGCCAAGGUAAGAAUAAUGGGGUGAUGAACUAGUAUAAAUUUGAUUCGUGAGUAUUGCCACCAAGCUAGGCUUCAUCGAAGGGCCAGAGCUGGACAUUCUAUGGUUGAGGCAACAGCCAAAGAACAUUUCAAAGGGCCAUCUAGAUGGGGAUCCAACUCGAGAGGGAGAGGAGUUCGUGCCGGAGAAAUUUUGGGAUGGACGCCAUCUCAACCCCGUCUUUCUGAGAUUCUUCCCAGUAUUGUCGAUUUCCAAGCUGCGAAGUCUACAAUCGAAAUGAUUAUAUCAGGCAGGGACUCUUUGACUGUUAAAAUUACUCCAUAGAAUAUACAAGGCCGGUUGGGGGAUGUGUCAUUGUAUUG